GACACAUUUCUUCACUUCCUGCUGUUGGUUUUACUGAAAAUCUGCUUACGACUGUUUAGCGUGCGGUGUGUGUGGUCGAGUUUGUUUCUUUAAUGGAACUGUUGCUGAGUUUGUAUUUUUACAUGAUUGUUCUUCACCUAGCUGAAGGCUGUGAUCUAGCAAACCACGGACAUGAAUUAAAAAUCAAAGCAGACUCAUCCGACGUCGUACUGCUGCCGUGCUACUGCACUGAUCUGAACACAACUCAGAGUUUCUCGUGGAGGAGGAUAGACAAGAUGCCCAGAAAGAUGACCGAUGGCACUGUUGAUGGGAAAAGAGUACAGCAGGUUGUUGGUUCUCCAGGGAAUUUCUCUUUACUCAUAACAAACCUGACCGUAGGAGACGAGGGACUUUACCGAUGUGAGAGCAGCGCUAGAAAAUACACAGAUGUCCAUCUCAUCGUUAACGGAAGCACCCGAAUCAUCCUUGAAAACGACUUCCUUGAAUCAACUAUCCAUGCACGUGCAGGAAGCUCAACGCUGUUGCCAUGCCACUCCACUGACCUAAUCACCACACCUGAACAAUUCAGGUGGAGGAAAUACAGCAGGUCCAAAGCGACGUGGGAAGAUAUGUCCUGUGACGGACACAAAUUUAAGCUGGUUAUUGAUCGCUUUCCAGGAAAUCUUUCUUUGCUCAUAUCACACCUGAGUCAAGAGGAUGAAGGAGUUUACAGGUGUGAUCUCGGGAGAGAUAAAUACACAGACGUAAAGCUUGUAGUUGCAGUUUCUCCAGAGCAUCUUCCUUACUACCCCAUCGCCAUGGUGACCGUGAUCUUUUUGCACGCGAUCGUGGCUGGGGUCUAUUGCACCACCAGAAAGAAAGACACAAGUUCGCUACAGCAGGUAGUGAACGAGCGGUGAAGCUCGGCUGAAGAACAGAUGAAGGUUCCUGGUGGUAUACUGUAUGUGCUAGAAUCUGAGAAGAAUAUGUGUUAAAACCUUUUAUUCUUAAACAAACAGAAAAAGGUUUAUUCUAUUUUUGUCUUAUGAACUAAUGAGACAUUAACCUGCAUCUCCUCAUUGUGCUUCAUUUCGCUGCAGGUUUAUACAUAUAAAUGUAAAAUGUUAAUUAUACUAACUACUAAACUACUACACUUGUCUCUCCUUCUCCUUCGAGCAUUUUAAA